AAAACAUGAAAUUACUUUUAGGCUACGUUGGUUUAGCUAUACUCUCCUUCAAUCUAGUUUAUGCUGCUGAUGUUGAAUAUUCAGUAGUUGGAUUUCCUAAAAAUCAACAAGCUGUAGCUGUAGUUAUAGGUGGCCAGUCGUAUCCAUUAACUCAGUCUACUGAUUCGCCUUAUAUCUACAAGGGCAUUGCACCUUCUGCUGAACAAUACCAGUACUCACUUGACAACUUAUUGGAACCUGUAACUCGUAGACAGCAAGUUGGUAUCACUUCCACAGGCAAUGAAUUCUUCAACAGAAGCCAGACUGUAUUUAAUGUUCCUCCUCUCCCUCAGGCUUAUCAUCCUAUUUACCAACCUCUUAUGAGCAACAUGAAUCGCUCAAAUGAGAUUGCAACUGUUAUAUUGGAAGCAAAUGCUACUGGUCUCAAUAAAAUCUUGACUAAUCCCCUUGAAAGUUCGGACUAUACACUCGUUUCUAUAGUAACUUACAUUUCAAAUCAAGAAAUCUAUUCUUUUACUGAAGCUGGCAUCAAGAACAGUGGCAAGUCUACUAAAGAAUUUGCCAAGCAAUCUUACAAAGUCAAGCUGAAUGAAUUCAAAAAGACUGGCACUAAAGAACUCUUGUAUGGUCGAACUACAUUUAAACUAAGAGCUCAUGAAACGGAUCCUACAUUCGUUCGUGAAAAACUGAUGCUUGAUUGCUUGUCAGCAGCCGGUGUUGCUACAGUGCAAGGCAAUUACGUGCGUCUAUACAUUAACAAUGAGCCCUUUGGCUUGUACUUGAUGAUUGAUGAUUCAACCACCAACUUUAUUAAUAAUGCUUUACGCGGUGGUAAUCAAAAUUACGAACACACAGGUCCUACAUACAAGGGUAAUGCUUUGAAUCCUCAGUUUGAAGGCAAUUUGGUCUACAAGGACGAUUUACAAGAAUCCUACAAUGACACUGUUUACAAACUUGAAGAUGAAGGCAACAUGAAGAAGGAAACAAACAAUACCAAUGAAAAGACACCACUGAUUGAAUUUAUCAAGGAACUCAGCCUGAUUAAUCCUGCUCAAACUACAGAUGCUAAUGAUAAGGCAAGUAACUACUACCUCACUAAAGAAACUAGUUCUAACCAAUGGGUAUUAAUUACUUACGAUUUCGAUGAAACAUUUGGUCUCGGUGCUCCUCGUUACAUGGCCACUACUCCUUAUGCCAACUUUUCUCGUCCUGAUUCUCAGCGUCCAUUGGUAAACGCUUUUAUUGCUUCCCCUUACUACAAGGCUGAAUUUGAAAAGGUGAUUCAAACUCUGGUUAAGCGAUUCUUUAAAGCAAGUGCCAUUACUUCCCGUAUUGAAGCUUGGAGACAAAUGUUACGCGAAGAUGUUGAUUGGGACUUAUCUCUUGAGCCUAAAUCUGUAGGCAUCAAGCCCCAAUGGACUCUUUGGAACUUUGAAAACAACAUGAAUAACACAGACGGUGAAAGUAUGGGCAUCAUUGAAUGGAUCAACACUCGUUCUGUUGCUGUUCAACAACAACUCAACUUUAAUGAUGUAGACGACUUACCUGUUUUGGGACCUUACACAACUCAGCACAACUGGGAUCCCAAUAACUACGAUAAGGUAGAUGUUAAGGACAAGAGUGCUAAGCCUAAAUCUGCUUCUGAGCGUAAAGAAUCCGAUGCUGUUCGCAAUUUAGUCACAAUGCCAACUACUUUGACUCUUAUUAUUUGUAUUUCUUGUAUUUUUGGCUAAACAAACUAUAAAUUAAACUUGUGUUUUAUUAUUGUUAUA